GCGGUGCGGGACCCAUCAGGGGCGGUGCAGCUCGGCCAUGGCGGAGCCGCUGGAUCCCGCUUCGUCCCCGCUGCUGGCCGCCGCUCUCCGGGCGCACGAAGCAGCUUUCGGGAAUGCGGCGGUGCUGGCGGCGUGGGCCCCCGGCCGGGUCAACCUCAUCGGAGAGCACACCGACUACAACGGCGGCUUCGUGCUGCCCAUGGCCCUGCAGCUGGGGACGGUGCUGGUGGGAUCCCCCACGCAGGACGGGACCAUCUCCAUCGUCACCACCUCGGCAGAGGCGGACGAGCCCCACAGGGUGCAGUUCCUGGCUCCCUGUGCCAGCAGCUCCCUGAGCCCGGGGCUGCCUCGCUGGGCCAACUAUGUCAAGGGCGUCAUCCAGCACUACCGGGGUGGUCCCGUGCCAGGCUUCAGCGCUGUCAUGGCCAGUGACAUCCCCCUGGGUGGGGGCCUCUCCAGCUCGGCUGCUCUGGAGGUCGCUACAUACACCUUCCUGCAGCAGCUCUGCCCCGACGAUGGGGAUUUGGUAGCCAAGGCACUGGUGUGCCAGAAAGCGGAGCACACGUUUGCUGGGAUGCCCUGCGGGAUCAUGGACCAGUUCAUAUCCGUGAUGGGCCAGGAGGGCCACGCGCUGCUCAUCGACUGCAGGUCCCUGGAGACCGUGCUUGUCCCGCUGAGCGAUGCCAGCGUGGCCGUGCUCAUCACCAACUCCAACGUGCGGCACACGCUGACGGGCAGCGAGUACCCCACGCGCCGGCGGCAGUGCGAGGAGGCAGCAGCGGCUCUCGGCAAGGCCAGCCUUAGGGAUGCCACCCUGACCGAGCUGGAAGAGGCCAGGAACCAACUGGGGGAUGAAGUGUUCCAGCGGGCCAGGCAUGUCAUUGGCGAGAUAGCACGGACAGCACGGGCAGCACAGGCACUGCAGCACAGGGACUACAGAACAUUCGGGAGGCUGAUGGUGGAGAGCCACAACUCCCUCAGGAGAAAUACAGUGGCACAGCCACCUUCUACCUCACCAAGCCCUCGGGAGGGGCAAAGGCUGUGCCCCUGUAGAGGAGUGGCCACCGCCCCUGGGAACCUUGGGCUGGCAUUGCCUCCCUCCCCAAGGCUUUCCCAAGGGGAUCAGUUUGUCCAGCUGAAUCAUUUGCCUAAUAAAAGCAAAACAUUUGCACGGUUGUUCUGUGCCCGUGUGGGCCAAAAUCACUUGGGACUGUUCCUCAGAGGAUACUGGUUUAACUCCAGUUUGCACUGGUGUAAGGAGCCAUUAUCAGCACUGUGGAGUCCAGCAGAGCUGCAGUCACAGGAGGGGAUGGCAGUGGAGGAGCAGCAGGCACUGACAUGUGGCAGAAGUUCCUGCUUGGAAAUCUGCCUCUGGCCCCUGCCCUGCAUCUGCUGCAGGUGGAGGAUAGCAGGGGUGGGGGAGGGAUUUUUUAUUUUACUUUAAAAAAACCCAACAGCAAUAAAGAGGCAGAA